AGCAAUCUUGCCCUAUCGUAUGCAGGAUCGGGCGGCUCGGGGCCCCGUCAUUUUUCUUGUCCUCCUCGCAUUCCAGCUCAUCUCCACCGUCACCGGGCUCAGAUCCUGUGCAGGCAUGCGAGCCCGGGUCUUGCCGGGAUUCAUAUUUCGACUUCACAACAACCAGAAUGGGGAAUUCUCUGCAAUUUUGACACUCCCAUACCGGAGAUGGGGACCUUCAUUGCGCUCUUGUAUUAAUGUUCCUUAUCAACGGGGCUCGACUGCAUCGACCGUCUCCACUCCAGGUACCACCCAACCUGCUCCUAGACCAAAGAGCCUACAGGACCUACGGGAAAUUGCUUCGUUUUUCCCGGGUACUCCAAAAGACAACAGUACUGCCUUUUUCCACGCCUCUUGCGAAUUUGCCACCGUCCCAGAGGCAGUCGCUACGGCCUUGCAUAUGUCCCAUGAUCGCGCAGCAAAGCUUCACGAGAUCGGAGCUGUUUAUAUCUACAGGCAGAAUAAAUUUCGGCGCACUCACUUGAUAGAGAAGUAUCCACCUUCAACGGUUUUGGAAGGAGACCUCUUUCGGGUCUACUUAUUCCCACGCCGUUUCCCGGAAUGCAUGAUUGACUAUACCUUCCGGGUAAUAUGGGAGAACGACGACCUGCUUCUGGUGGACAAGCCUCCUGGCUGUCCCUGUUCCUUGCACGUCUCAAAUGCACUCGAAGCAUUGGACGUGGCAGCCUCGGCAAGUUUGGGCCUUAACCUUAUCCGUAUGAAUCGCCUUGAUGUCGUCACUUCCGGGCUCGUGCCUCUGGCCAAGACCGCGCAGGGUGCCACUCGUUUUUGGGAGGAGAUACGCCGCGACCGGCUAGGCAAGAGGUACAAAGCCCUCCUGACGGGCCCCGUCCCCGUGGGUCUCCUCGAGCACUACAUGCCAGGGAAAAUCAUCCACCGCCGGCCCGCCCCCCGCGCCAUCAGCCGGCGGCCUCUGCCGGGCUGGAAGCUCUGUCAGACCCGCGUCUUGUCCUGCCAACCCGUCGCUUUCUCAGAGUUGAACUUGGUCGCUAUCCACGAUGGUCAAGAUGGCGGCUCUGGCGGCGAGAAGGACCUGCCGCCCUCUCUUUACGAGGUCGAGGCCGAGCUUGACCCACCAACUUCGCGCAUAUGUAUGCCCCAAUGA